AACUGAAGAAAGCAAGUUUAUCAACUUCAGCUGCGGAUCAGUUAAAAAUUGUGAAAUUAGCGAUUAGUGCCUAUAAUGAUAAAUUACUAAUGGUUAUGGAUGAUGACAACAAAUUUCUUAGCGAUUAUCGAAUUCAUUG